AUGGAUCAAGGUGUAAUAAGAAAUUUAAAACUUCACUAUCGUAAAUUAGUCAUCCAAAAGCAAAUCACUGCCAUUGAUACUAAAACUGAAUUUGCAAUAACCGUCCUUGACGGAAUUCGUAUGCUAAAUCAUGCCUGGAGUAAAGUAACUCAAACAACAAUAGCAAACUGUUAUCACCAUGCAGGUUUCGAAUCCCCCGUCAUCACACCUAGUGACGAUAUCGACGACGAUGCAGACGACGACAUUCCCUUGGCGCUACUCUGCAGAAUCGGGUUACCAACCGGUACCAGUAUAGAAGACUACACAAGUGUUGACGACAAUUUGACAACGUCCGCAGAGAUGACAGACACAGAUAUCAUAGACGAUAUCAUCUCCUCCAGAUCAGCAACCGACGAUCAGAGUGACCAGGAAGAUGAACCAGUACCCCCUCCAAGACCGUCAAUGAAUUCCGUGUUUGCUGCUCUUAACACCUUAAAUGCUCAUCUCGAGACCGUUCAGAAUUCGAACAGCACAAUGUCUCACUUGAACUUUGUUAACUCUUUUGUGAUGAAACACCACCUCCACAGUUUGUGUGUAAAGCAAAGUGACAUAUCUAUCUUUUUCCAGAGUGCUGAGUCGUCAAAACAGGAUUGAAAGACAUUAAAAAAUUUCAAAACUAUCUGUGUUUAAUUAAAGAUAUUUGUUUAUUAUUGUACAACUGUUUCUAUUGUUAGUGCUGAUGUGAUGAUUAUUAUUAAAUUAUUGAAAACAAAUCGUAUUUUUGUUAUGUACCAAUGUAAAAUA